AUUUCAAUCUAUCUAUCUAUCUAUCUAUCUACUGUGGACUAGAGGAUGUGACUGCUCUGUUGUGCCAUCUUGGCAUUGCACUCAUCAAUACUGAUGUGAAACUAGUCUCAAAAGCUACAGCAGAGACCCAGCAGCUGCGUGAUUGAGCCAUGACCACACGGAGGUAUCAGCUUGACGUGGACCCCUUGACCUGUCUCAAUGGGGAUAUCGAGCUUCUGCUUCCUCCGCGGCAUGACGACUGGCUGUUGCUCGGAUCGGUGACCCCAUGGUUCUAUCACUGUCUGAGGAACAGCUCUAUAAGAAGUCUACUGGACUGUCCAAGCUUGGUUGAUGAUGCCUGUCUCCUCUUUUGUCGCUCGGUACUUCAUGCUUAUCCACAACAGUUAGCUACUUGUCUAAAGCAUGGGCUGUGGAUGCGGACUGCCUCGUGCAGUGGCUCAGAUAAUGACGUUGAUAAGCCCAAUGGCUCUGUCAUGAUCUGGGGCAGCGCUUGGCUUAGGUCGAUAACGACGAUUAUCGAAGUUGGAAUUAUACGGAAUCCCUGGUUCCACGGUUUGCCACACAAGAUGCCACGAGACGCAGCAGGCGCAAGUCUGGCAAAGUGCGAGAUGGGAUAUCAGUCUCGAGGGUAUAGUGCGGCACAAUCGUCCGUCGGGGGGUGACGAUAUAACCGCCAAGAAAGGCAACGCUAGUGGCAGGGAGUAUGGAUGGGUUGGACACUGCAGCUUGGGUCGCUUGCUGGUCUACCUACGCUAAUAUUUGGUCCCUUGAGAGCUGAUGGCUAUACAGACAGAUGACUUUCUCUUCUGAUG